UUCAAGGGUCUGGGAAGGAAUGUUUGUUCUUUAAAGUUUAGUUGAAGAGUUGAACCUUAUCACCCAUUCGAGAGAUAACCAGUCCUUACCAGAGACCAGAGAGAUAGAGAAGAAGAAGAAGAAGAAGAAGAAGAAGAAGAAGAAGAAGAAGAAGAAGAAGAAGAAGAAGAAGAAGAAGAAGAAGAAGAAGACAGUUCCCAGCAGAAUGAGGGUUCUCAUUGUCCUGCUCUUCCUGGUUCCUCUCUCCUUCGGUUCCGAAAUGAUUCUACCGUUGGACUGUGCUGAUAUCCAUCAUCAUGACAGCUCCAAGCCCAGUGGGGUGUACAGCAUCUUCCCUGGGGGGCCCAUCUCCCCCUUGCAGGUCUACUGUGACAUGGAGACUGAUGGGGGAGGAUGGACGGUGUUUCAGAAAAGGAUGGAUGGGUCAGUAAACUUCUACAGGUCCUGGGAUCACUACAAGAAGGGCUUUGGUGACCUAACUAGUGAAUACUGGCUAGGCCUGGAUCACAUCGUGCUGCUGACCAUGAGGAAGAGGAAUGAGCUGAGGGUGGACAUGGAGGACUGGGACGAUGAAAAGGCGUACGCUAAGUACGCCUCCAUUUCUGUGGACCCAGAGCAGCUUGGCUACACGCUACACCUGGGUGCUUUCAAUAUUGAUAGUAAUGCAGGCAACGCACUGAAGAUCUAG